CCGUAUAAAUAUUAAUUUAGUCUAAAAUAAAUUACUCGUAUCAUUUCAUGAUAAAAUAUAAAAAGUAAUUAAUUUAUAAUAUUAUAACAAUUUAAAUCAAAUCAAAUGAAACUGUAACCGGAUGAUCUAUGUGGGAUGACUUUGUGUGGCAUGUGGUUUCCAAGUUCCGACUUGAGGUGAGGUGACAUCAAGUGGAGCCCCGCACUACAUCAUCAAAUGUUUGGCAUGACUUGUUCAAAGUAAAUAUAUAAAUUGAAGCUAUAGCUUCUCUCAAGCCAUUCAAUUCUCGUACGCCAAAUGAACGUUCUCAACCUCCUUUUCUCCUUCUUCCUUGCCUCCUUCAUAGAAAUCGUAUGCACUCAAAGUCCUUGCUCCAGUGCUGUUUGUGCUCGCAAUGAGCCAGUCAUUCGAUUCCCUUUCCGCCUCCAAAAUCGCCAGUUCAAGUCAUGUGGGUAUCCAGGUUUCGAUUUAUACUGUGAUACUAGCACCAACCGGACACUGUUAGAGUUACCUUUUUCAGGGAGAUUCAGCAUUCAAGCGAUAGAUUAUGCUACUCAAGAAUUAUGGAUUAACGAUUUCAACAACUGUCUUCCUGAGCGAAUUCUCUCUCUUAAUCUCUCCAAUUCUCCAUUUACUGGCCUUUUUUACCAAAACUUCACCUUCUUUAAUUGUUCUCUAUCCGGUUAUACCAAGUAUAGAUUGAACCCAAUUGCUUGCCUUAGUGGGUCAACUCAUACAGUUUUUGCAACAUCGUCUUUAAGUGUUAUUAGUCUUUUGUCACAACCGUCAUCAUCUUGUAGGCCAUUUGCAAGCAAGGAGGUUCCAGUGGAGUGGCCAUUUUACGGGCAGAUAUUAUCCUCAGACCUCAGUGAUGAUCUCCGUCUCACUUGGAAAGCACCUGCGUGUGGAAAGUGCGAGUCUCGCAGUGGACAUUGCGGUCUUAAGAGAAAUUCUACGUCCACAGUUGUUUGCUAUAAUCCUACUAUACGCGGAAUUCCAAGAAGCGCGCGUUACGUUCUGAUUAUCGGCGGUGGAGUUCCAUUGGCGUUGUGUGCGCUGGGUCUGGCAUGUUUCCUGUGUAGCAGAGUCACUGGAAGAAGAAGGAGCCGCCAUCUCCCAGAAUUUACUUUCAGAGUUAAUCCGCAGCCCACAUUGAGAGCAGGCCUGGAUGGACCCACCAUAGAUUCUUAUCCUAAAAUAGUCCUCGGAGAGAGCCGACGCUUGCCAAAGCCUGAGGACAACACUUGCUCUAUAUGCUUGUCGGAGUACAAGCCUAAGGAGACUCUUAAGACAAUUCCUGAAUGCCAACACUGUUUCCAUGUUGAUUGUAUUGAUGAAUGGCUUCGGUUGAAUGCUUCCUGUCCCAUUUGUCGUAAUUCACCUCUCCAGUUGCCGCCGCCUCAACCUUCUUGACGAGUUCAUGCCUUUCUUUCUACUGAAACAUAUUGUACAUAUAAAAGUUUUACAAGUUAUAGGGUUGUUUUUCUCCCUUUUUUUUUUUUUUUUUAAAUGUUACUCUUCAAAGUGUGAAUCUCCAAAUCGCCCAAGAUUCAUAAAGGUUUAUUUAAUGAAUUAAUUUUGAAAUUUUUGUGA